AUGCCAAAGAAACCGGGCUCCAGAUGGAGCAGGAUGACGCCCCUGCUGGCGUUCUCUUGCUUCUGCCUCGUCGUCGGCGACCUGCUUUUCGGUUACGACGUCGGCAACUUUGGAGGUAUUCUUGGUAACCCCGGCUUUAUCCGCCAGUUUGGAAGCAAGAACGCAAAUGGUGUUUACAAGCUCUCGUCCCUCCACACCUCCCUCUUGGCAUCUCUGGCCUUCAUCGGCAAGUUUCUGGGAUGUCUGGCAGCUGCGCCCUUGAUCGAGCGAUUUGGCCAUCGCGUGGUGUUUGUCCAGUUGAGUGUGGUGUCUAUCAUCGGAGUCAUCAUUGAGAUCACAUCCGCUGGGACGGGCCCGGAAACUGGGCGUCUAGCUCAACUCAUUGUCGGACGCAUUGUCGUCUACGCUGCGAUCGGACUGGUCGAGAUCUGCGUUUCAACGUACCAGUCAGAGAUCGUUCACCCAGGAAUACGCGGAUUCGUUGUGACAACGCUGCAGAUGUUCCUCAACUGCGGUGGCCUGCUCGCAUCUGGCCUGAACCGGGCGUUCCGGUUUGACACCACCAGCACAGGUUGGAGGACUGUCACCGGUGUGCAGCUCAUCUUCCCUGUCCUCAUUGUCGCUUGUGUGCCCUUCAUUCCCGACUCUCCACGAUGGCUUCUCUCCCGGGACCGCAACGACGAUGCGAUCACUUCACUCCGCCGACUCCGACCAGCCCAGGAAGUCCAGUCCGGCCAAUGCGAAGAGGAACUUGCGAGUAUCAAAGCGGGGCUCACGUCCAACGUUCACAAGAAUUCAUGGAUGUCGACUCUCCGUGGUACCAAUCUGCGGCGGACCAUGCUUGUGGUGAUGUUCUACACCUAUGGCCAGAUCACAGGUCAAGCGUUCGUGUCGACCUACGCUGUCAUCUUCUACCAGGCCAACGGCUAUGCCGCCCAUGCGUUCACAUACCCCAUCAUCACAAGCGUGUUCAGCAUCCUCUCUUGCAUCCCGUGCAUGCACUUUGUGGACACGGCCGGUCGCCGGGUAGUCUUGAUGACAAGCUACUUUCUACAAGCCCUGUUCCUGUUCCUCGUGGCCGGCAUGGGCAGCCUGCCCAACAAGAAUGGCGCAGAGAAGAAUGCUGUGGUAGCAUGGGUCAUGCUCUUCGGUAUCAGCUACAGCCUGGGAGGUGCCGGCGUCCCCUACCUCCUAGGAGCAGAGCUUCCCAAUCACUCUGUUCGCGAAAAGACAUCCACAAUCGGCACGUCCAUCAACGUGGUAUGGGCCUUUGUUGUCAACUUUUCAAUGCCCUACCUCUUGGCUGCAAUCAGCGUCAAGGUCGGAUGGGUUUUUGGCAGCAUUUCCGUCUCUGCACUCGUCCUCACCUUCCUGUUCCUUCCAGAGACAAAGGGCAUGACCCUCGAGGAGAUUGACGACGUCUUUGCAAGACCUUUUAACCCCUUCCGUUCAUCAAGGGUUCGUGAAGAUGACGAGUCGGAGAUCGAGCAGAUCGAAACGGACCUGUAA